UUGUAUGUAUGACAAUGCCGCAGAUUCGACAGAAUUUUUACUCCUUAAGUGAAAUUAUACAUAAAUACUUAACUGUAGCUAUUUGGUGGUUGAAAUUCAAUGUGUGUUUUGAGCUUAUUUAUUGCUGAAAACUAUGGACGAGCAAGCGAAAGGAGCUGCUGUGUUCAUGUGUCGACUUUGCAACCUGUUUUCCCCCAGUCACUCUCAAUUACUGGUUCACUGCUCUCAGGUGCACCAACAGCAGGGGUCCUCACAUGACUUUAUUAUUACACUUCAGCCCCUUGAUCCACAGCAUGCAGAUAAACCCACAGUUCAUCUUUCAGAAACCCCAUCUAAACGAAAGCGUGGAAGACCAAAAGGGUCAGCAAAUAAAAGAAAUAAAGAAGUUUCUCCAGGUUAUACAGAAGAUAAUGUUGAAACUGAAGGAGAGAGAAAUGAACAAGAUGGAAAAGAGGAGGAGGAAUUAGGUUUGGAAUGCAAACAGUGUCUCCGCACUUUUAGUAACAGGCGACAAAUCCUCAAACACAUUUGCUUGAAGGUUGAGGAAGAAGAUGAGGUGGAAGAAAAUGACCAUAGCAAUUUCAGACCUCAUAAAACUGCUAAAAAAGGUCGUCAACAGAAUGAAGACCAAACUUCUUUAUCAAAAGAAAAAACAUCUUCAACAGCCAGCAAAAAGUCAGUGAUCAAGGUUUUUUUAACCGAAGAUGAGAUACUUCCAGAUGUGAGUAAAAUGGUCCCUGUAGAAGAGGACAGUCCCACAGAAGAGGAGUUGACAGUACCACAUGAUACACCACAGAGUCAACCACAAGAGAAAACUACAAGCGAAGUUGCAGCAUCCUCUGAUGAUCCUAAAACGACUACAGGGCCAAGCUUAAAGCCAACAGCAGAGGUCAGCAAAGGCUUUCAGACAUAUUCUAUUGCACAAGGCAAUACCAGUUCCCCUCAAAUAAAGAUCUUUACCUGCAAGUUCUGCAAUAAGAUUUUUAAAUUCAGACAUUCACUGAUUGCCCACUUAAGAACUCACACUCAAGAGAAACCAUUUAAAUGUCCCCAUUGUGAUUAUGCCUCAGCGAUUAAAGCUAACCUCAAUGUUCAUUUGAGGAAACAUACUGGAGACAAGUUUCAUUGUGACCACUGUUCUUUUACUUGCAUCAGCUCUGGACAUCUAAAGGUUCAUAUUGAAAGAGUUCACUUAAAAGUGAAGCAACAUUGCAGUUUCUGCAAGUGUAAGUACUCUGACGUGAAGAACUUGCUGAAACACAUGGAGAGACACCAUAACUUAAAAGAUUCAGCUAUUAAUAAAAUCUACCAACAACUAAGGUUAAAGACUCGUCAGGGAUUUCGGCAGCUUCUAUUUCACUGUCCUACAUGUAAGAGAUGUUUCAAAAGCAGCCAGGAGCGAAACCGCCACCUUCUGGUCCACGAGCCUCAGCCUCCGUUUGGCUGCAUGCUCUGUGAAUAUGCUGCAAGCAGACUAAGUGGACUUACUGCUCAUGUUAGGAAGCACUUCUUCCUUUAUGUGUGUAGUGUGUGCAAAGGUGUGUUUGUGAGCUGUCACAGACUCAAGACUCACGUGACAGAAUCCCAUCCAGAACUAGACCAAGAUCAAACCUUCACUGAUUGUAUCAGUAGCAGCUACCAGCUCAUACAAGCUGGUGGAGGAAUAUGGGGCCAAGAUUCUGAGAAACUAAUUGAGCAGACAAGCCAAGAAGAGAGCGUGAGGGAAGAGGUAAUAGAAAACAUCCCAGAAGAACUGCAAGUUCCCAUUAGUCAACUGGAGGUAGACCAAAAUCCCCCUCAAGAUCUGGAAAUGGGACUACUGGAGCAUAACACAGGAUUAAAUUCAAACCCAAAAGUUUCAUCACAAAGCAACCAAAUUGAGCUCUGUCAAACUUUGAUUAAUCCACGCCUCUCUGAAGCUGAAAAUAAAACAUCUUUGACUUCAAACCUGUCUGAGGAUUCUGAAAGUAGAAAAGAACAGGAGUGUUUAGUCAGUGACCAGAAACUAAGUCUAGCCCCCAACAAUGGCAUACCUGAAGCCACACAUUCUGAUUUGAAGAUACAAAAAUUUAACGUGACCCCAAAUACACAGUCACUCUUUUCACUGGACAACAAGGACAAAAUUCUGCAGUCUGAAAAGGAAUCUGAGGUCACUAUUGGAAAUGCCUUUCUUCAAGUGCUUUCAUCAAUUCAGAAAACUCAGCUAAGUAUUGAAACUUUGCAACAACUAAGAAAGGUUUAUGGGGACCUAGAAUGUGAAUACUGUGGGAAACUUUUUGCUUACAAAGUCCAUUAUAACAACCAUGUGCGCACCCAUACUAAGGAGCACCUGCAGUACUGUUCACAGUGUAAUUAUUCAGCUGUCACCAAAAGCUCUUUGAAUCGACACAUGCUUCACAAACAUAGUGACUUGAUGCUGUCUUGUCCCAAUACGGAUUGUAAAUUUACCACACCUGACAAAUAUAAACUACAAGCACAUGUAAAAAGAUUUCAUGAAGAGACAAAGACUGCACCCUGUCCUGUUUGUAACAACAUCUAUUCUGAGCACCACCUUAAGCAGCAUAUGAGAAAAAUGCACCCUGACGCUGUCUCCGUCGAGGGUAAAGGGCGGAUGGAGAAACAGCCCGACAAGUGCCCUUACUGUGACUCCUACUUCCUGAAAAACAGCAAUGACUUUCAGCAGCACAUCUGGGCACAUGAAGGUAUAAAGCCAUACACUUGUGACAUGUGUGACUAUGCUGGCUGCAGAAAAAGUAACCUGAGGCUUCACAUGAACCGACACAAAACUGAGAAAAUUCACUUGUGUGACUUGUGUGGUAAAAAGUUUAAAUCUGAAGUCUCACUAAAAAUCCACACUCGAAGUCACACCAUUGAAGGAAGGAAAUUUAAGUGUUCAGAGUGCGACUUUGCCACGGCUUUAAAACCGUCUCUUGCAAGACACAUGGAGCAACAUGCCCGAGGAAGACAGGCUUUUCAAUGUGCCCAUUGCUACUAUUCUUGCAAUAAAGUUGGUCCUCUUAAACGUCACUAUAAGACAAAACAUCCAGAUGAACAGUAUCCAGACACAGAAUUACAGAAGACGGAAGACCCAGAGACACAGGAAAAGACAGGUUUCAAAUGCCCGGUCUGUGAUUCUGUUCAUGUAAGCAAGAAAGAGUUAAACCGCCACCUGAAGAACAAACACAGGUUGAAUGUACUGCAGAUUUCUUUUGAGGAAACUGAAGCCGUUGAGACACAGUUUGUGCCAGUAGAAGAUGAGAUGCAGUUGACAGAAGUGCCGGUCGAGACUUUACAAGACAACGAAGCUGUAAACAUUCUGCAGCAGAUCACUGAACUGAACCCAGACAUUCACAAUGUUGUUACUCCAAUGGUGGCAAUGGCUCCAGGCACCGUCACUGUAAUGGAGCAGAUUGCAGAGGAACAGGAAAUCAGCCCUGAUCAGCUGAUGGUUGUAGACGCAGAGGAGGAUCUGGGAGCAGAUCAGGUGAUGGUGGUGGAGGAGGCGGAGGGUCUGGAGGCUCUUACUGUCCUAACUCAGGGAGACAACACACACCACUACAUCGUCUAUGUGCAGGAACAGACUGUGGAGAUAGACAACAACUAGCGUAUCUUCUGCUCUUCGUUCACUUUACCUUUCUGUUUAAAAGUCAUAUU